AUGUGUCACUGGCUGAAAGACUCUGUACAGGUCCCAUCCAGAAUGAAGGAUCUGGUGGCUUUGCUUUUGCUGGGGUCAUUGGAUCUGGUUCGGUGCUGCACCCCUCAACCUGGAUCCCUCAAUAUCGCCAGAAGCGGGGAAGCCGCGCAGAGUUCUACUCUCGUUUAUUCAGGUGUAACUACCGUUGCCAGCAAUGCCAUUGAUGGUGGGAAAGAUCAGAACUUUUAUCAUGGUUCCUGUAGCCACACAAUUGCAGACUGGGAGCCCUGGUGGAGACUGGACCUGAAACAGAAGCAGAGCGUGUAUGUUAUUGUGGUCUAUGGCAGGUCGGACUACGGUUUGUGGCGCUUACAGGAUCUCGAGGUCCGAAUUGGAGAUUCUCCGGACAAUUACAACCCGCUGUGCGGCACGAUCACCAACUCUAAUAAUCCCACCACAACUUUCUGCUGUAAUGGGUUGGCGGGUCGAUACAUCAGCGCGGUGAUCCCGGGGCGCAGUGAACAGUUGACCCUGUGCGAGGUGGAAGUCUACAAUGGCACCAUGACUGAGAAUGACGUCUGCUGGUGA